GGUGAUGGUGACGAUGUUGAUGAUGAUGAUGAUGAUGAUGAUGAUGAUGAUGAUGAUGAUGAUGAUGAUGAUGAUGAUUCGGAUGAUGAUGAUGAUGAUGAUGAUGAUGAUAAUGAGGAGUAGGCGGAAGAGAAGAAUGCAGCGACGCUCGUUUUGA